AUGUCGACCGUCACAGAAGGCCAGUUCAAAGUUGGCAACACCAACCUCUACUCCAAGACAUGGACGCCCGAAGGUCCCGUCAAGGCGAAGCUGAUCUUUGUGCAUGGCUUCAGCGAACACAUCAACCGCUACAACGACUGGUUCCCCAAGCUUAACGAGCACGGCAUUCAGGUGUUUGGUUGGGACCAGCGCGGCUGGGGCCGCAGUGUCAAUAAGCCCGCUGAGCGCGGACUGACCGGCCCUACCUCGCAGGUUGUUAGCGAAGUAGCUGCCUUUAUCAACGACAAGCUGCCCUCGGACGUCCCUGUAUUCGUCAUGGGCCACUCGAUGGGCGGCGGCGAGGUGCUGACGCUGGCUAGCGACCCCGCGUACGAAAAGACCAUUAACCAGGUGCGCGGCUGGAUUCUCGAGAGCCCCUUCAUCGGCUUCUCUCCCGACGAGAAGCCCAGCACCGCCAAGGUGUUUGUCGGACGUCUGGUUGGACGCCUCCUGCCCAAGCAGCAGAUGAAGCACGCCGUGCCGCCCGAGCACCUGAGCCGCGACCAAGAGGUCGUGGAGUCGUACCGCAACGACCCGCUGUGCCACAACACCGGCACGCUCGAGGGCCUGGCAUCUCUGCUGGACCGCACAGCGGCGCUGUCCAACGGUAGCAGGCCGGUGCAUGGCGGCGUGCGCAGCUUGCUGCUAACACAUGGCAACGGCGACAUGACGUGCAGCUUCGACGAGGCCAUGAAGUAUUUCAAUGCGCAAACUGUGGCAGACAAGACGGCCAAGCCCUAUGAGGGCGCCUACCAUCAGCUACACAACGACCAUUGCAAGGACGAGUUUACAAAGGAUGUUGUAGACUGGAUCUUGGAGAGAAUCCAAGCAGGCGAACCGGUGCAACUUGAAUCGAAAUUGUAA